AUGAGCGGAACACAUUUUUACCUUACGCUUCCGAGCAAUGCGUCCCUGGACGUUUUUCCCGACAACAAAACGACCGAAUAUCGUGUAAAGUUACCGCAACCCAUUGAGUUGGAUGGCAAUUGGGAAGUCGGACUGUAUUCCAUUUCUUAUCCCCGCACUUGGUAUACUCUGCGGAAUGUUGUUGACGAUCUAUACUUUUAUUACAACGACGGUACCGGAAACAAUGGCGAGGGAUUUUUCCUUGUGGCAUCUGUCGAUUACGGGCACUAUGAAACUGUACAAGAACUUCUCAAAAACAUGAAUGCCUCUCUAAGGAAAAAAAUCGGCAGCGACAAAAUCAACUUAACAUACAGCACUCGAACAGGAAAGGUGACCGUCCAUUUGGGAGCCAAUUGUAAGAUUGGUUUAUUUAAAAAAUUGUCCCUCAUCUUGGGAUUCAGUGGAAAAGAGGUAAAAAUUGACAAAACGGGCGAAAGUCCACACGUAGUCGAUUUGAAUAUCUUUUCGACGAUCUACACGUAUUGCAACAUCGUUCAACCGCAGAUCGUUGGAGAUAUGAGUGCACAAUUACUUCGAAGCAUUCCCGUCGAAGGAAAGUAUGGCGAUAUCGUUACGAAAACGUUCACCAACAUACAAUACGUGCCUGUUCAAACGAAAUCUUUUGGAGACGUGAAAAUUCUUUUAAGGAACGACACAGGCGAUCCAGUGCCAUUCGAACGGGGGAAGGUGCUGACAACACUACAUUUCAGACAGCAUACAUACUUCACUUGA